AUGUGAGUGUCAUAUGAUCAAAGAUGGCCGCGGUGAUGUGGCGUUCCCGUUGGCGCAACUAUGAAGCUGAGUUGCAGAGGAGCCGUCUUGAGGCGGCGCCACUGGAAGUUGCUGACAACCAUCCCCUCAAACCCAUAUUGGUGACAGACACCAAAGCCCGCCGUGGGGCUCGCAGAGGCAGCACCUCUUCCUCAUCAUCCUCCUCUUCCUCUGUAGCCCCAGACCCACUCAGCUCCAUGUUGGACGGAACUGAUCCGCUGUCCAUGUUUGCAGCCGCAUCUGCCAGCGAGACUCCGUCUGCGAUGCACAAUUCCGGGGAUUCAGGGAGGAAAAGGAGGGAGAAGGAGGAACAGGCAGUGGGACCAGACUUUGAACCCUGGUCGAUGAAGAGAGGAGAGAUCCUGGCAAGGUUCACCACUACUGAAAAACUCUCAAUUAAUCUAUGCAUGGGCUCUGAAAGCGGAAAUUCUCAGAAUCCUGGAUCGUCUGCUGUCUCCGAGAAGGUUCGCACUCGUCUGGAGGAACUGGACGAUCUAGAAGAGGGAUCCCAGAGAGAGCUACUGAAUCUCUCCCAGCAGGAAUAUGCCAACCGGAUCGAGGAGUUGAAUCAGUCCCUGAAAGAGGCCUGGGGCUCCGACCAGAAGGUCAAAGCUUUGAAAAUUGUAAUCCAGUGCUCCAAGCUUCUGUCUGACACCUCAGUGAUCCAGUUUUACCCCAGCAAGUUUGUUCUCAUCACUGACAUACUUGACACUUUUGGUCAGCUUGUAUAUGACAGAAUAUGGAGCAUGUGUUCAGACCCAAGACCUUUACCAGACUCAUUCACGGUUGAGGAUGUCAACGACACAGCCAAGGAGACGUGUCUCAACUGGUUCUUCAAGAUCGCCUCCAUUAGAGAGCUCUUGCCCAGACUAUACGUUGAAGCAUCCAUCCUUAAGUGCAACCGCUUCCUCAACAUAUCUGGCAUUCAGGAGACUCUCCCACGGCUGACUGCCAUGAUCAGAGGAAUUGGAGACCCACUGGUGGCAGCUUACACCCGAGCUUACCUCUGCAGGGUUGGCAUGGAGGUCGCUCCCAGCUUGAAAGACAGCCUGAACCGCAACUUCUUUGACCUGCUCGGAACCUUUCGGCAGAUAAGUGGGGAGAGCGUUCGCAACCAGCUCCUCAUGCAGAGGGUGGAGAUGCCUGAAUAUUUGACGCUUUAUUCUCCUGCCAUCAACUGGAUCCUGCAAUGCAGUGCUGACAGAGCCCCAGAGCGUCUCCUAACAGAGAUGAUGGACAGAUGCAAAAAGCUUGGAAACAAUGCCUUGCUGCUGAAUUCAGUAAUGAGGGCAUUCAGACCAGAGUUUGUCGCCACCAGAGCCACUGACUUCAUCGGUAUGAUAAAAGACUGUGACGAGGCCGGGUUCCCCAAGCAUUUAUUAUUUGGAUCUCUGGGUCGCUGUCUGGCGGUUGCUGACGCUCCAGAAUCCGAGAGGCUGACCAUCCUCAAUGAAGCCUGGAAGGUUGUCACCAAAGUUCGCAGUCCUCGGGAUUACAUCAGCUGUGCUGAGAUCUGGAUGGAGUUCACCUGCAAACAUUUCACGAAACGAGAGGUCAACACCGUUUUGGCAGACGUCAUCAAACACAUGACUCCUGACCGGGCCUUUGAGGAUGCCUACCCUCAGCUGCAGUCUGUGAUCAGGAAAAUACUUGCCCACUUCCAUGACUUCUCUGUCCUCUUCUCCAUGGAGCGUUUCCUCCCAUUUCUGGAUAUGUUCCAGAAGGACAGUGUGAGGGUGGAUGUCUGCAGAUCCAUCAUGGAUGUCUUCAUCAAACACCAGCUGGAGCCAACCAGAGACCCAGUCAUCCUCAAUGCCAUGAUGCACAUCUGCAAGACCAUGCAUGAUUCUGUCAAUGCUCUCACUCUUGAAGAUGAAAAAAGAUCCCUGUCUCAGCUGAUCAUCGGCUUUAUGCGCCUGGUUUCCUUUGGUCGUGACUUUGAGCAGCAGUUGAGUUUCUGUGUGGAGGCCAGAGCAACAUUCUGUAACCUGGAACCAGUACUGGUGCAGCUCAUUCACACGGUGAAUCAACUGGCCAUGGAGACCAGGAGAGUGAUGAGGGGCAGCCACUCCCGCAAAACAGCAGCAUUCGUCCGGGCGUGUGCUGCCUACAGUUUUAUUACCAUCCCGUCACUCAGCAGCAUCUUUAGUCGUCUCAACCUUUAUCUGCUGUCUGGUCAGGUUGCGUUGGCCAACCAGUGUCUUUCCCAGGCGGAUGCCUUCUUAAAGGCGGCGGUCAGUAUUCUUCCAGAGGUUCCACGCUCCAUCAGCGUGGAGGGGAAGCUUCGCUCUGCUGAGAGUUUCAUGCUCGACUUCAUCAACAACUUCCUCUCAACCCUUCUGGUCGUCCCGGAUCACCCGGAGCAUGGUGUGCUCUACUUAGUCCGCGGUCUGCUCAACAUGGUGCAGGAUUACACCUGGGAGGACAACAGCGACGCUAAAGUGCGGGUCUACAUCUGUGCCCUUCCGCUGCUGGCCGCCAUGAGCCAAGAAACGUACCUCUAUACCAUUCCAAAAAUGGAGUCCAAUGAAACCCUUUAUGGGGGGGACCCUAAGUUCCUGUCAGAAAUUAACAAGCUGUGUGAGACAUUGAUUGGGCAGAUCCUGGACCACCUGAAGGCCCUCGGUCGAGAAGAGCAGCAGGGCAUGCGCCGCCAAUGUACUCUGGCCUUCUCACUCUUCGGCGUCCUGCUCUCCCACGGCGACCUGAGGAACAACAAGCUGAGCCAGCUGGCCGUCAACCUGUGGAACCUCAGCCACAAACACGGAUACUGUGACACGCGCAUUUCUGUUCGGACUCUGGAGUACAUGAAGCAUCAAGCUGCGCAGGCCGACAUGGCUCACCUGUCAGAUACGGUCCAGAGACUCGCAUUGCAGUCUCGCACCUGAACACCAGCAUCAACAAGUACGGUAUUUGUAAAAAGAACGGCCUCUACUACUAUCAAGUGUGUGUAUAAUCAUCUAAAGCUUAUGCAGGAAUGUCGUGCAUAAAAAAAAAGCUGCUUCUCACUCAAUACUGGGUUAGUUUGACUGAAAGCAAUCAUACUUGUCUAUAUUUACGUGUGAAGAGCCUUCAGCUCUGAUGGUCGUAUCAGAUUGUCUCUGUUAUUAUCAUGUAGUGCAAUUUAUAUUCAUGAAAUGCCUAAUAGUUUCCUUUCAUAUUUAUAUAUCAUUUACAACUAAUCUUUAUUUUUUAGUAUGGGAAUACAUCAACUGUACACCAUUGCCAAAUUUCUCUACUCAGUCAUAUUUUUUUUAUUAGCUACAUGGUACAAUAAAGAAAUAGACAGGAAAGAUUUGUUUCACGCCAGUCUCUGUUGGAGUUUAUUGACUCAGUUAGCGUAUCAUUGAAAACAGCAACCCUCCUCCUCUUGUUCAUAAAGGAAAUAAAACAGCAGUGAUUCACACAUUUGGUCACACGCCUUUUGCUUUAUACUGCCUCCCCAAAAAAAUGUACCUCUUUUGCAAGUUUCUCCAUCUUACAUUUCAAACUAACAAAAACACUGAGCAUAACUGUCACUGAUAAGAUUUUGGCUGUGUGGCAACCAACAACUCUCAUAGAAGUCUUUGGAAAUGUGUGUUUGUUGCCUAACUUGACUUAGCCUGUGAUAAUGGAUGUACUGUAUGACAGUGACCCCUACAGGAGCCUUACUUGAAAUUGGGAAACUAGAGGGAAAACGAUAGGGAAUUUGAACGCUGGAAUUUUCUAACCAAUUGCAAACCAAAAAUAUGUAUUCUGUAUGUACCACACCUAAAAUGAUUUUUAGGAAUUUUUUGGAAUUAAUAAUAAAUCACAACAGACGUUAAUUUAUUGUUCAAACCAUUGUAAUUACUGAAUACAUAUGAAUUGUUUGAUUUUGGUCAUGGUCCCCAAGUCCUCACAGAAGAUGAGGACUACAAUGGAAGACUCCUUCUUAAAUUUGACUGAUGAACUGUUGCUGAGAAGGCCAAACACAAGAACUAAAGGUUCGGAAUAUCAUGGCUGCAAUGAUGUUGGAUUAGUGACCACCUCCAAGAGGAAUUGUUUCACAUAAAAAAAAAAAAACUAAAUACAUGAGCAAUUCCAACAAAAGAGUGUCAUAUUCCCCCCUCCCUCCUUCCCUCAACCCCAAAACAUGCACUCUUAGGUGCGACGCCUCAUGUCCAAAUGUUUUCCAACCACACUAAAUUCAUCUUGGAGAUGGUAACAGAUGAGACAGGAGGUGCAAGAUGAUAAAGUUGUGAUUCACUAUAAGCUCAAUCACACUUACUACAGAUGAGAAACAGAGGUGGUCUUGAGUACUUUAUAUGACUACUAAGACAUAUUUAAGGGAAAGGGGAGGGGAGGGGAGGUGAGAAGUCACAGUGACAACAGCAGUGAUUGAGCUGUCUAGCAAGGGAGUGAAUAUUGUAGUGUGUCCCCAUGGUGACUACGUAAUAAACAAUACUGUUUAAACAACUUCAUAUCUACAAUGUUGUCCUGUCAAACCAGUCUGUCCAACACGUUGUAAAAGACUCUGACCAGGGAGUCUGCUAACAAAAGUAAUGAUUCAAAUAAUGUUUUUACUGCUGUUCACUGCAGGUAAGCCGGAUACCCGGGGUGUGUUUGGACUGGGUGAAUAAAAUUAUAGAGGGGGGAGUCAUUUGUGA